ACGUUCACUAGCUAGCUAGCUAGUCUCGUUAAUCUUGGUUUGAAUAUGCAGUUGCUGUAGCCAAUGUUAUUUAGCUUACUUCGAUGUGCUUCCUCAAAUUUGAUGGCACUUAUUUCCCUGGGUUGUGGCAAACAAAGUAGACAGUCUUCAUCUUGUUUGAGUUGUUUUGUUCUCCAACAAAGGUAAACAUUUCUUUUAAAUAAGGCCAUGGAUGGUCGUCAUUGCACUGGUACUGGAAAUGUUGGGUUCGUCAUCGCUCUCAGCAGCCAUCUCUGCUACUGCCAUUUCAAGGUUUCUGGCUACUCACUUUAGGCGUAUAGCUACAAUCAGUGACUUUUAGCUGAUAAACUGACACAGAAUGAGAUUCGCUAAACAAUGUGUUAUAAUUUGGCAGGUUAGAGAAGUUGUGUCCAAGGCUCAGUUUGGAGAUUUAAUUGAAUUCUCGUACCCGAUUGGAUUCUCACAUUGGGGCGUGUACGAUGGUGACGGACACGUGAUCCAUUUUGCUGUGCCAGGUAAGACUGCCAGGUAAUCAGUAAUGAGUAGAGUAGAGGCAAUGGGCACACUUUUGAGUCACGGCACAGACGUUUUGGACAUGUCUUAUCUUCAGAGAAGUUCCUUUUUCCACUUUCACUACAGCAACAGCAGCAGUAUGUUCUUGGACUUCACUCCCCCUGCCCUGCAGGUGGUGUUCCACUUUCCUUCAAUGUGUAUUCAUCUGUGAGGGUCAGAGUUAGAGAGAGUUAAACAUUAUACAUUUCAAAUAACUCCUGUCGUUAAGCUGAGGGUCAUGCGUCAGUUGUAAACUGCAAAUUAUGAUCAUGCAAAGCGAGGUGUUAUCGUGGAGACUCAAGCAGAAACUGAAAGUUUGCUUAAGUUUGCUAAAGUUGGCCUUUUGGCCAAAUAAAAGGAGAACAGCAGUGAAAUCGUCAGCCCACAUUCGUUUUGGUGUCAUUUUGUGUGGACAUACAAAAGUCAAUGGACUACAAGGAACAGGUGAGAGAAGUUGUGUCCAAGGCCCGGUUUGGAGAUUUAAUCGAAUUCUCGUACCCGAUUGGAUUCUCGCAUUGGGGCGUGUACGAUGGUGACGGACACGUGAUCCAUUUUGCUGUGCCAGAUGAGGAACCUUCAGGUUGGAGUUGGUUCCGCUACAAACUCCAGAAAGUGGUUCCCUUUUCCGGGGAUAUACUAAUCGGCAGGACCCAGAUAAGACGGCAGCGCGUCGCCGAUGUUAACGUACCCAGCGGGGCUCACGUUAUGAUCAGCAACCGCCGUCACGCGUUCCGCCCGUCUCCCGUGGUGGAAAUGCGGCGGCGUCGGGACGCGCUGCUGGGACGGGAGUUUCAGUACGAUCUCUUCGGCCUCAACUGUGAACACUUCGCCACUUUUGUGCGGUUCGGCAAAGCCGUGUGCAACCAGUUUCCAGGAAGGACUGACGUGGAGUGCAAGAAGGCAACAGAGAUGUUCCGAAGCAUUUGACUCCUAAUCCUGAAAAGGGCG